AUGGCUGCGGUGCAAGAGUAUAAGCUAAAGGGCAUUUCGUCCCUGUCAGACAUUAAGCCGUUUGACAAGAUAGAGUCUGAGGUGGAAGGCGUUGAGGGCGGCAAGGUCCUCGUCCUUCGUUUCAAUGGCCAGGUGCAUGUUAUGAGUCCCAAGUGUACGCACUAUGGAGCCCCCUUGAAGUUAGGUGUGGUGGCACCAGAUGGAAGGAUCACUUGUCCUUGGCAUGGAGCUUGUUUCAGUAUCGAUAGCGGUGAUGUUGAAGAUGCGCCUGCUCCGAAUGCGCUGAAUAAGUUCGAGGUCAUCGAGAAAAAUGACGGUGUCUAUAUUCGCGGUGAAGAGAAAGCUAUUCGGUUCGGUCAGAGGGACCCUGUUCUGAAAUGCAGUGUCUCGGAUCCUCAUAAAGUGGUUAUAGUCGGAGGUGGAAGUGGUACACUCGGCCUCAUCCAGGCUAUCCGCGAGCUGAAUUUCAGAGGCUCCGUCACUGUGAUCUCGAAGGAACCAAACCUCAUCAUAGACAGAACCAAGCUGUCCAAGGCGCUGAUCACGAAUGUCGACCAGCUUCUCUGGCGGCCUAAGGAUUGGUAUGAGUCGGCAUCCAUCGAUACGGUCUUCGAUGAGGUAACUUCAGUUGACUUCGACCAGAGGAGCGUUUCUACAAAGUCCGGCAAGACAUUCCCGUACUCAAAGCUCGUUCUCGCCACCGGCGGUAUACCACUGACGAUUCCUGUCGAGGGACUGAAAGAACUCGGGAAAAUCUUCCUGCUCCGUGCCAUCCCGGAUGCGCAGAACAUAGUCAAGGCUCUGGGACAAGGGCAGAGGAAGAAGGUCGUCAUCAUUGGCAGUUCGUUCAUCGGUAUGGAGAUUGGCAAUAAACUCGGCAGCGACCACGAUGUAACCAUCGUCGGCAUGGAGAGCGCCCCUAUGGAACGCAUUAUGGGAGCAGAAGUCGGCCGCAUCUUCCAGCGAAAUUUGGAGAAGGCCGGUAUCAAGUUCAAAUUGAGUACCAGCGUAGCCAAAGUUACACCCUCCGAGUCCGACCCCAGCAAUGUCGGCGCUGUUCACCUGAAGGACGGCAGCGUCCUCCCUGCCGACCUGGUCAUUCUGGGCACUGGAAUCCGUCCCGCCACGGAUUUCCUCAAGGGCAAAAUAUCCCUUGAAAAGGACGGAUCUGUCAGAACAGACGAGUAUUUCGCCGUCCCAGGUCUGAACAACGAUGUCUUCGCCAUCGGCGACAUCGCAACGUACCCUUACCACGGCCCUGGCGCGGAGCCGGGGAAGGGCACCCCCGUGCGCAUCGAACACUGGAACGUGGCCCAGAAUGCCGGCCGUGGCGUCGCCCGCACUAUCGUCCACAGCUUGUCCUCCAAGUCCUCCCAGCCCCUGAAAUACAAGGCCUUUGUCCCCAUCUUCUGGUCUGCUCUGGGUGCUCAGCUGCGUUACUGCGGUAACCCAUCUAACGGCUGGGACAAACUCGUGCUGAAAGGUGAGCCGGAGAAUGCCAAGUUCUCCGCCUUCUAUUGCAAAGGUGAUACCGUCGUUGCAGUCGCUACUAUGGGUAUGGAUCCUCUGAUGGCUAAGUCGGCGGAGUUGAUGAGGAGGGGGAAUAUGCCGACUAGGUCGCAAAUUGAGUCGGGUAUUGAUCUUUUGACAGUUGAUGUGCCUGGUUCUGUGAAGAUCUAA